AUGUCCGAGAUUUCUGCAGUCUUGACAAAAACAGCAGAUCGUCUGGUAUUUGUCAAGUUUACCAUGCGAUAUGGACUACAACAAGCUCACGUUAAUGUAGCUGAAAAAGGAUUUGCACCGGCAUUGUUGGGGUUUGACGAACUUGAUAGAGCUGUUAAUGGAGUAUUUACCAGACAAUUGGAGGAUGCUGACAGAUGUUGA